AUGCCACGUUGCAAAGUUUGUCUAACAAAGAUUCAAAAAAAUUUUUCGAAAAAUCUUGAUUUUCAUCCGAAAAUAAUAAUUAUCGAUUUUUUGCAGAGCACAUUGAAUACAUCCGGCUUCUACAUUCUCGUUUUAUCCAUCCAAUUGCUCAUAUUAAUCACCAGUAUCGCCUACUGUAAUGUUUUGAUGGGCGGAACCAUCAAACAAUUCAUCUUCUCAAUAUUCGCCGCAAUUUUGCCUUUGAAGUCUACUACAGUACCCCCGGUUACUGUAGCUGAAGAGCAACAAGAAGAAUUGAAUACUGUGGCUACUUGA